CAUUUAUGAGAAACGAAACUUACGGUGCACUGUGGAGAAAUCGCUCCGCCAUUUCCUAUUUGCUAUUCUAAUAGUUUGCCUAAUUCCAGUUUAUUGACAAAGAAGGCAAGGCUAGUGUAGAGAAUCAUUGUACCAUCCCUGUGAAAUAUAUUUUCUGUAGCCAAAAAUAUUGUAUUUUCAGCAGUUUGAAGCUGGUAAAAUACACAAAAACAGGAAGCAUAUAACUAUAACAGAUCUACCGCUUCUUAGACUUGCUUUCAAUUAGAGAGACAGAUCUAUAAAUUACAUUUCUAUGUGAAUUUGGUGGGGUCGCCCAAAAGGUGACAUUGCAGCUUUACUGAAGAGAACCACAUCACGUCUACGUGCUGCUUUGAACAGACAGAUCAGAGCAACAUUGAAGCAUGACUUUUCAGCAACCCUUCUUCAAUCCGAGAGUGCCGUUCACUGGCUGUAUCCAGGGAGCUCUGCAUGAGGGGAAGACCAUCACUGUGACAGGGAGAGUCCUGCCAGGAGCCCAGAGGUUUCAUGUGAAUUUGCAAUGUGGCUCAAGAGGAAAUCCUGACAUAGCCCUCCACUUCAACCCCCGAUAUGACAGCUUCCUAGACGUUGUGAUCUGCAACACCAUGCAGCACUCCAAGUGGGGUUCAGAGGAGCGUGAAUACUUUGCACCCAUGACCCGGGGGGCCAACUUUACCCUCAUGUUCCUGGUCAACAAAGAUUCAUAUUCGAUUAUUGUGAAUGGUGCCCUCUUCAUGGAGUACCUGCACCGGCUCUCGUUCUCCAGAGUGGACACCAUCUCUGUGGAUGGGGGAGUGGAAGUCCAGUCUAUUGCCUUCUCCAACCCUGCAGUCACCUCACCUCCUCCCCAACCAGGAUAUCCUGGCCAUCCACACAGUGCUUUCUCAGCUGCAGCAUUUCUUCAGGCACCCCCUCCAUACACUGCCCAGCCUCCAUACACCCCCAAGCCGUCCUUUGUUGUGCCGUAUAAAAACAUAAUGGCGGGUGGACUUUACCCAGGCAGAAACAUCACCAUCCAGGGUGUGGUCAACCACAACGCUGAUAAGUUCUGUAUCAACCUGCGUUUCAACUCGGGGGUGGCGUUCCACUUCAACCCCAGGUUCAAUGAGAACGUUGUAGUUCGUAACAGUCUCCUGAAGGAACAGUGGGGUCCAGAGGAAAGGACAGGUGGCAUGCCCUUCUACAGAGGCCAACCUUUUACGGUGAUCAUCAUGUGUGAUACCCAAUGCUACAGGGUGAUGGUGAAUGGAGCCCUGAUGUUCAGCUACAACCACCGCCACUUCCUUUUCCAGCAGAUUGAUAUUCUGGAGGUGGAGGGGGACGUGAGCCUGUCCGCUGUGCUGGUCUGAGUUACAAACACACUGAGGUCAAAGUUCAGCGAUAGUAGGGUCUGAUCAGUCAGUGCAUUAUCUUUCAUUAUGUGUGAGGAAUCAUGUCUUAUGUGUCUGUGUGUGGCCAUUUUCUGUAUUGAAAAACUGUGGCAUUUUACUGUGUUGCUGAUGGCGAGAUGUUUUAAAUUUCUCUCUUCCAUAAACAAUUAUAGGAAAUAUUGUCUUCUAUUGAUCAUAUUCCAAACAGCCCACAUGAUGCCUACUGUAUGUCUGUGCUCUCUGUCACAACAAUGUUUCCACAGCAAAUAAACAGCAAUAUAUUGGAACUA